UGUAAACAGCUAAAUUUUCCUCCGUACCUGCACGCAUGCGAACCCCCAUCACGGGCGUGUAGUUUGUCUUCAUUUCGAUUCUUUCCCAUUUGUUCCUUUCUCGGUGUGUCUCGCGUUUUCGUGUUUCGUGAUUGCCUGCUGUACGUGUUGGGCAUGGCGUGAACAAUUAGAAUCAAUACAAGCUGGCACUUGGAAAGUGGUCAAACGCUUUUCCACCUACCGACCUCUUGGUUCGUUUAUGCGAAGCAACGACAUCGCUUUUGCUGUAGGCAGCGCAGCAUACCGGUAUUGUGUGAAGCAAAAUAGUGUCGCGAGUGGUGAAUGGAAAGUGAAAAAAUAAACACGCGCCCAGGACAAAGCAAGCAGCAAGCGAAAGUUUGUGCGUUUUUAGUGCAUUCGAAGCUGCCAACAGGAUACCCCUUCGCCCCGGUUCGGAUUCUUAAGACGUGCAGCAUGAUUGGCAAAGAGUAAGACAGCGUACAGCAGGGAGCGAUCGCUGUGUCCUGUUUCCUUCCACUGGCGUUCGAAGGAAUUUAUCGAUCCGAGUCGCGCAGCUUUUGCUUAUUUUUAGCUAUCAGUAUACUGCAACAAACGAAACAUAGUCCAGGAGGUGUCGGCUGCUCAAACACGAGCAGUACGGGAACAAUAAUUGUCAAAUAUUGCUCAAUCCAUAAAGAUAUUCACCACGAACGUCUUCGUCUUCCGGAUGAAAAACAUCUAGUGUUGUUUACUCCAGGUCGAGAACUUCCAAAGACAAAUCAACAUAUCACGUCGAGAACAACAAGUAGCACUGCGCGAAAGAACUGAUAGGAUCCCGUAACAUAUAAGCGAACGCUUAUUAACCAACCGCGCAUGUGAUCUACCAAACGAACAUCGUGUCAUCCACCUCAACUACCAGUCAAACGAUACGGAGCCGACGGACUCGAUCCUAAAAGGGGUAGCACGCCCUUACCCAUGCAGGCGAGAUCAAUGAAUCACUGUUGGAUGGAUUGACGAGAGCGGUCCGUCGCCGUACCCAGAAGGUGAUAGAUUAGCAUCAGGAGAGCGGUUGUGACUUCGCUGUCAACAACCGUGGAUCGAGCUCUGGUUUGGUAGAACUAGUAAAAGUGCACAUUUUGGUAGUUGUGUGCGUGUGAGCUUCCGGUUCAACUGCCCAUUAUCAACAACGAAAACAAUACAACGAACGUGGCACAAAUCGCAGAGUGCAGAAGCUAGUUAGCUCACUGUCUUAACUAAUGCCCACGAGCGCUUUCUAAGCGGGAGGACCUAUACCGAAACACCACCAAACAGCACAAAACGACGGACAACUCAAACCCGCUACUACAAUGAAUUUACGAUAUCAGGAAACGUUUUGUAUCAUAUUUUUACUAUGCACCAGUAUUACACUCGCAGAAGACUUUGACUUCGUGCCGGAGCAGAACGAUGAUGUUGAGCCGAUAGCCGCGGAACCUCCAAAAGUAGAUAGCCAACCGAAAUUAUCCAAGGCCGGUGUUCGCUGUCUGCCAACGGAAAGCACGAUCCAACUUUCUCUGAUACUCCGGGCCAAGAGCUGGAAACACGUCCAGACAAGCCUGAAGCAACGCACAAUCAGUAAGCUGGCCGAAUAUUUCUUAGUCCCCGAGGAAUCGAUCAUUGUUCGAGAUGCAACGAGUAACGACCUGCACAAGAUGGUGGAAAAGGCCCUCCAGCACGGCAAGAAACCUUCGCGGACGGUUGGAAAAUCGCUGGGUUGGAUUGGAUUUCCGGUUGGAUGCGGCGAGAAGAUGUCAUCGAGUGCCAAGGAAACGGUGCGCAACGUGAACACGCAGCUGGCCGAACUACGUGACCUUACCGGUAUGGAUUUUGGCUGCUGGGUCAUCUGGAAGGAGCAGACCGGUGGUGCGGCUGCAAGUGAUAAGAGAAUCAAGCGUGAGGUGGAUCCAGACGAUGACUACUACGACUACGACGACGAUGAAGCUGCAGAAGAUGACGAUGAAGGCGAAACGACGGAAGUUCCUCAUGCCCACCGACACCAUCACGGUUCCAGUGAGCAGUAUAGCACCAAGGCUGAGCACCACAGCUCGCCAACACACGCCACUAACAAGCAUACUACUAACAAUCCCGACCAUACGGUGGAAACGCACCAUCAUCAACAACAUCACCAUCACCAUCAGCAACAACAUCGCCAUCAUGCGAACGCCGAGAAGCAGGCGGAACCAUGGCCGCGUGGUGGUGCAGCGACCGGGGAGCACCGGAAGUCCCCGGUAAUGGUAUCGCUAACAGCGCCAUCCAUCACUGCCGCCACCACGCAACCAUCGCAACCCAAGCGCAAGCACAACCACGGCCUGUACGAUCAGGUGAAGGAACGGUCGGCAAAAAAGCAGGCCGCAGCACUGCUCGCCCACACGCACCAGUCGGAUCGGGCCUUCCAGCCGGCGACCGAACCGUCGCACGUGGCCGUCCACCCCUUCACGCCGCCCGAUUUGCGCGAGAGCGUGUCCCAGCUCGAGUCGACCAUCAGCAAAACGAUCGCCAACAACGAGCAGCUCAAAAAGGACGAAGAAACGCUGCUCGCCCGCAAGGCGAAGCACAAGCGCAUCGAUAUCGAGCGUAUCGUCGAGACGGAGCUGCUGCUGCCGGAAAUCGAGCGGCUGCAGGAUGAGGUGUUCCGGGACGAUUACGUGAUCGAAGAUGUCGUGCGGGGGCCCAAGUUUUACGAUUUCAGCACCCAGCCGCAGCUGGACAGGUUCGUACCGCUGGAGCCAGAGCCGGAGAAGCGACAACCGGCGACCAGCCCCACAACCACACUUCCGGCGAGUGUGAACAGAUCGCCGACCACCGUAAAGCCACAGUACGUGACAGUUGAGAAGACCACCACACCCCCGAUGCCCACUACCUCAAAGCAAGUUCCGGCUACCACGCCGAACAGUAAGCUCAGGACGAGCCCAACCCAAGCCGUCUCCACCUUAACCGUGCCGAGGCGACAUACGGACGAAUCUUUGUUCACCACAAAGCUUCCACAUCCGGCUAUCACACCGGUGGUCAGCUCGAUUGACGCAGACGAGGAUGCACCGUCCCGAUCGGACACUACAACAACGAUCGGCACAAUCAACCCAACCGCCCAAUCCCGUCUCGUUCCACCGACCAAACUUGACCCGACGACAACGACAACGACGACGACGUUGUCUUCCACUCCAGCAAGAAGUGCAGCAAAGACGACAACAAUGACAACGACCACGGCAACCGCAACGUCCACAAGAGCUAAAACGAUUCCUACGGAGUUGAUAGAGCUGCAAACUUCUCCGGCAACUAUGCCACUGACCACCACCACCACCACGGCCUCUACCACCAGUACCACCGUUUCCGAGGAGCCAACAAAUCCCACAGCAACCACCACCACCACCACCACCACGCCGGCAUCUUCCGCUUCCGCUACUAACACUCGCUCUACUAACCUUUUCGCUUCCGUUCCAUUGGUGAAGAGCGAUGAUGAACCUGCGGCAUCAAGUUCCAGCACCAUCAAAACGAUCGUACCAGAAGCGACCACCGAGAAGAGCUCAACGAUAUCUUCCUUCUCUUCUGCCGUCGAGUAUUCGACGCCCUCGUCCACAACGACCGCGACGGCGACGACGACGAUCGCAGCACUUCCAUCAAUAACUUCCACGCCGGCCAGUUCGUGGCAUCUGGGCAUGGAUGAGGACGAGGAAGCGAGCUACGAGUCGAAGGAAUUUUUCGAUGAAAUAGAUUCGAAACCUUCAACAUUUGCUAAUUCUGAAGCGGUAUCCAUUUCCUCCUCCACCACUACCACCACGCACGGUAGUGAGGAUCAAGGCACGAGUGACUACACUACCACCACGGUCAGUUACGUGCCACUUACUACUACUCCGACGACGCAGGAAGAGUUGAGUCGUUACGCGACGAACCUAGAUCGCUCCCCGUUCGGUAGAAAGAUAAAUGACGAAGACAUCAGCGCCGACCAGGAGGAGGAAGACCAAGAAGAAGGCGAAGACAUCGACGAGGAGGAGGAGGAAGAGGACUACUUCUCGCAAGGGCCUACAUCGACGCAACGUUCUGUGUCGACCUUCACCACCCCGAAACAGGACAACGAGGAGGAGGACAAGGAACUGGAGUACGAAAACUAUGACGAUGAGUACGAUGACGAGGAGGAGGGAGCGAUCGAACUGACCACGCAGCCCGAUCCGCGUGUACUGUCAUCGACCACAACCACCGAGCGACCAAUGCCAUCGUCGACAGAGCCAAGCACUACCCCAACAACGGUAACGAUGCCCACCACAACGCCUUCCACGACCACCACCACCACCACGGAAGCACCGACGACGACAACGACUACCACAACCUCGACCACUACCACCACCACCACGACCACAACCGAGGCAUCAACUACGACCUCAACGAUGCUUACCACGGAACUGGACGAACCGACCAACCUUCCACCGAUCAUUCGGAACCGCAUUCCAAAGCAAGCCAUCCCGGCCGGUAAAGUGUUCCGCUACCAAGUCCCGCUGGAAACAUUCCACGACAACGAGGACGGUAACAAUCUAAGCCUGGAGCUGCUGGAUGCCCGUGAUCAACCGCUCAAACCGAGCUCGUGGAUCCAGUUCAACGAAGACACGAAAGAGAUCUAUGGCCUACCGCUCGAAAAGGACGUAUCCCGUUGGCCUUACAAGCUGCGCGCUACCGACUCCGGCAAUCUUACCGUCACGGAAAAGGUGGACAUACAGGUGCAGCAGCACAAAUCGCACCGCAGCCUCAACCACGAGAUCAGCCUGGCGCUGCGCCUGAACCGCAAGUUUGCCAGCAACGUCGACUGGCACAUCGAGACGGCACGCGGCAUCUCGGUCGUGCUCGGUGACGUGACGCUGUCGAACAUUAUCGUGCGCGACAUCCGCAACAGCAUACAGGAUCCCAGCCUGGCCACGUUUGUGUACACGAACGAGACGCUGCCGAAGGAUCGCUGCCCGGAAGAGAAGCUGGACGAGCUGGUGGCGCUGCUCACCGAAGAAGCGCUCAACGAUGCGCUCAAUCCGGACAUUACGGUAAAGUCGGUGCAGGGCCAACAGAUUGCACAGUGUACCAAGGUCACGCCGCCAAAGGUGAAACCGACGCAGAGCAUUCAGCGCAACUAUGCGCCGCAAACGCGCAACCAGGUCGAUCAAGUGAACGCAACCGUGGGCCAUCUGCUCGUCUUCAAGGUGCCGGUGGACACAUUCUACGAUCCAGAAGAUGGUAACGAGCUGAAGAUGAAGCUGCUGACAACCGAUCGCAACACGCUCGAUCCCAACCACUGGCUACAGUUUGACUCGAAGAACCAGGAGUUUUACGGUGUGCCGCGAACGAAUGACAUCGGACGCAAAGAAUAUCUUUUGAUGGCGGAAGAUCGCGAAGGUCUCACAGCAACGGACGCACUGGUGGUGGUAGUCAACCCGCACCACAAGCGCGACUACAGCGUCCUGUUCGAGCUGACGCUCGACAUUAGCCACGAGCAGUUUAACACGGCCCAGGUACAGCGACGCUUUAUCGAACGGCUUGCGCAGGUGUUUGGCGACGCCUCGACGCACUACAUCAAGAUCCACCACAUUCGACCGAUCCACCAUACCGGGCAGGUGCAGGUGUCCUUCUUCAACACGACGCUGAGCCGCCAGCACCAGCGCUGCCCGCAGGAGGAGAUCGAGACGCUGCGCAACAUUCUGCUCCACCAGGACAGCACGAUCCGGGCGAAGGUGCGCGAAAUAUUGGGCCAAGAGUUUAGCCUGCAGAACGUGAGCCUGGUGCCGCUGGACAACUGCCACGGGUUCGAUACGCCGCAUCACGCCACGAGCGAGCCGGAGAAGGCCGCCCCGAAACCGAUCUCGAAGGACGACUACCUGCUCACGUUCGUGCUGCCGUCGGUGAUCAUCAUCGUGAUGCUGCUGAUCGCCGCCAUCAUUGCGUGCAUUCUGUACAAGCGCCGGCUGACCGGCAAGAUGGAGCUCGAAUAUAUCAAUUUCAAACCUAUCGCCUCCUCCUCCUCGUCCAAUCCCCAAGGUACUGACGAAGAGCGCAAGUCGUUCCGUUCGAAGGGCAUCCCGGUGAUCUUCCAGGACGAGCUGGACGAGAAGCCGGAGAUCGGCAACAAGUCGCCGGUGAUACUGAAGGACGAGAAGCCCCCGCUAUUGCCACCGUCCUACAGCAGUACCAACCACGAUGGCGAUAACGAGGACGUCGAUGAGUACGUGCCACCGCAGCCGGUGAUCGUUGGUGGGCGCGAAUCGCGCGGCAAAUCGCCCGUCACACCAUCCUACCGGCGGCCGCCACCGUACGUGUCACCAUAGGCCCGGCGUCCACCACCGCCCCACCAAGGAGACAGCAGCAUUCACUAACUAUUUGUUCGCAAAACAAGGGGGCGCGGGAUUGCGUAUGGUGCGCGCGAGCAUCGCCAUUUCACUAUUUGUUCCGUUUAGUUGUACUGACUCUUCUCGAUUUUUUGUGACAAACAAUCUACGUUUAUGUGUGUGUUUUUGUUCUUUUUGUCAUCUAAUUUUUGCACUCGAUUUACCAAUUACCACCAAACACCAAAAAACGGAAAAGAAAA